UGCUCUGAGAAAGUGUAGCACCUGGACACACGUUGAAAUUCUGCAGGCCUUGGCAGCAUCUGUCUACAACAAUGGACACAAGUGCCAAAAGGUGGAUUGGAGCAUAAUUUUGAAUAUCUUGGUUAGAAACUUUUUCUAUCUGCCCAUUGCAGAGGCAACAGGGUUCCAGAUUGUGCUCUUUGGCUGACAUUGUAGAUGUAGUGUUGAUAGCAGAGGAGAAGGAAUGCAAGUUAAAAGGAAAUUUCAAUGCCUGUUGCUGAGAAUUGCCAUCCGAAUAGCAGAACCAUAAACAAAUGGGUUCACAGUUGAUCCCGUCCCUAUGGAUCUACCCAGUGGCUCCAAGCAGAAGGAUUAAUCAAACUGUAGGAUCUGGUAUAUUCCUUGAAGAUAGGUGUGUUAGUGGAAAUGUUCUGAAUCUUCCUGACAGAAAAUAAUCUGGAGUACUUGAGUAGCUUUUCCACAUCUUCAGUUUUGUUUUGAUAUUUUUAUACUACUUUCACAGCAUAGAAAAGUUAGAAAUUUAGAAAAAAAUGUGUUGGGUUCUUUGGGAGACUUCAAAUCUUCUGUGGUAGACACAUUUUUCUUAGUACCCUUCAGAUAUAUUGGUCCAGCUCCCAUUAUUUAAUAUAGGCAAUAAUCUGUAGUGAUGGGAACUGAAGCUCAAUGCAGGUUGGUAUAUAGGCUGCUCUGUGGCUAAAUAAAGGAGAUUUCCUAUACCAUACUAACUAAUCAAGAAUAAUUCCUGCUAUUUGAUGAGAUGAUGGGAGAAACAAUGAGGAGAUGCCCUAAAUGAAAUCUGCAACUUCCACCUUUUUUAUCUUUUAGCCCAAGCAACCCACAUAUUUCAUUCUAAAACCCAUAGGAACAGAUAAGGUGUCUGAGCCCCUGGAAUUCAUGCAUUAAGCAUGCUUUUGUUGUGUAGCUUAAUUCAUUCUGAUUCACAUUUUCCCCAAUUUGUUCAACAAGUGUGUGUUGACUGGUGUUUUUUUAAGUAUCUCCCAGAUUUGCUGGGGGAAAAUGGACUUCUGAUGCAGUUCAGCAGCCCGGCUCAAACCGACCCUGAACGGAAAAGGGCCGCAAUUCACAGCAUGGCCAACCUGUGCCUCAGUCUACCUGGACAGCCCUACCUAGAGGAAUCUUACAAAGAGCUCUGCUUUCAGGCUUUCUUGAGCGUCUUACAGUCUUCCAAAGGAAAUGAAGUAGAUGACAUCACCUUUUGCAUGCUGUUACAAAAUGCUUUGAAAGGAAUCCAGUCGCUCUUAAAUGGAGGAAAGAUGAGGUUGGCCCAGACAGAUCACCUUGGUUCUCUCCUUGCUGUAUUAAAGAAAUGCAUGUUUCAUGGGCUUCCUGGAGUGAACAUAGAAAUGCCCAGCAUCUUAUACCCAGCACUUCUUCCUCAGUAUGACAGCAGGGCUCCAGUCGAGCAAGAGAAGUUGGAACCGAACAGUGCUAAACCAAAUGGGAACAGGAGGAAAAAACCUAAAGGAAAACCAAAGAAGGGGAAGUUGGAAGAAGAGGCAAAAGAGCAGCGAGGCGGUGCUGAAGGAAGUGGACGAGAGAAACCCGCAUUACGAGAAGAGUUACAGCAAGAUCAGGGCUCAAAGAUUUCAAAUUGGGCACUGAGUGACAAAUAUGCUUCACUUGUGAAGGAGCCUUUAUCUUCCCACGCUUUUGGCUGGAAGAGAAUCAGCAGCAGUGACUCAGAAUAUUCUGAUGCUGAAGGUGGAAUGCAGAGCAAAACAAGGUCUUUCCAAGCUAAAGUUCGCCAAGGGGCUUUAACCUGCUUCCUUUCCACUGUGAAAUCCAUAGAGAAGAAAGUCCUCUAUGGUUACUGGUCAGCAUUUAUUCCUGAUGUCCCUGGAAUAGGAAGCCCACAGACAGUGUCUUUGAUGACAAUUGCUUUAAAAGAUCCUUCCCCAAAGACACGGGCCUGUGCCUUUCAAGUUCUCUCGGCCAUUUUGGAAGGUUCCAAGCAAUUCCUGUCCAUUGCUGAAGAUGCAAAUGAUCACAAGAGAGCGUUCACACCCUUCUCAGUGAGCAUUGCAUCCAGCAUUCGAGAACUUCACCGCUGUCUGCUGUUGGCUCUGGUAGCUGAAUCAUCAUCCCAAACCCUCACCCAGAUAAUCAAGUGCCUUGCCAAUUUGAUCUCAAAUGUACCAUACAGCCGUUUAAAGCCUGGUCUGCUGUCAAGGGUAUGGAACCAGAUCAAGCCUUACAUUAAACAUAAAGACGUUAACGUACGAGUGUCAAGUCUGACGCUACUAGGUUCCAUCGUAUCGGCUCAAGCCCCUUUGCCCGAAGUUCAUCUCCUUUUGCAGCAGCCUGGCUCCUUGGGGAUGAGUGAUGGCACAUCCAUCCUUCUGCUCCAUUCCAGUGCAUCUGAAGGGCGCAGAGAACCCCCUCUGGUCUCAGGAGGGUCACCGCUUGCCCUGGAGAAGACACCAGCCGAGCCCUGUUGGCUUCUGCGUCUCUGCAUCUCUCUGGCUGUAUUGCCCCGGGAAGAUUCCUAUUCAGAUAGCGACACCAGCUGUCUGUCAACUGUUAGCACAUAUGAACCCUCUCCAGUUCGGCUGGAGGCGCUGCAGGUUUUAGCACUGCUUGUCAAGGGCUAUUUUACCCUUUCCCAAAGCUAUUUGCUAGAACUGGGUGAAGUGGCUUGUAAAUGCAUGGAGGAAACAGAUCCAUCUCUCCAGCUCCACGGGGCAAAACUUCUGGAUGAACUUGGAGUGGGUGUAAUACAACAGCACAAGCCAGGCCUAGUUGCUGCUCCAGAUCAACGGGUACCCGUUGACUUGGUUGUGACAUUCUGGAUGAGGAUGCUGAAUGGACCUUUACCAGCUGCCCUCCAAAACUCUGAGCACCCCACUCUCCAGACCAGCACCUGUGACGCCCUCUCCUCUAUUUUGCCAGAAGCUUUCAGCCGUCUCCCCGAUGACAAGCAGAUCCUCUGCAUCACGAUCCUUCUUGGGCUCAACCACAGUGAGAAUCCUCUGGUGAAAGCUGCAGCUUCACGGGCGCUUGGGGUCUAUGUUGUCUUCCCAUGCCUUCAGCAGGAUGUGAUGUUUGUUGCUGACGCAGCCAACACCAUUCUGAAUUCACUCUGUGAUAAUUCUCCAAAUGUCCGUGCCAAAGCAGCCUGGUCUUUGGGCAAUCUGACAGACACUCUAAUCAUCAACAAGGAGCUAAUGGGACAAAGCUUCCAGGAUGAAUUCUCAGACCUGCUGCUCCUGAAAAUGUUACAAUCAGCAACCGAGGCGUCAAAAGACAAAGACAAGGUCAAGAGCAACGCUGUCCGUGCCCUGGGAAACCUCCUUCAUUUUCUCCAGCCAUCCCACACCACCAGUCCCAGAUUCAGCCAACCCAUUGAGGAAUCCAUCCACGCUCUGACGUCUACAGUGCAGAGUGAUGCCACAAUGAAAGUGCGUUGGAAUGCCUGUUACGCGCUUGGAAAUGUCUUUAAAAACCCUGCAUUGCCAUUAGGAGAAGCCCCUUGGACUGGCAAAGCCUACGAUGCCCUCACAUCAGCGGUCAAGUCCUGCAAGAAUUUUAAAGUCCGCAUCAAAUCAGCCGCGGCUCUCUCCGUGCCAUCUGAAAGGAGGCAUUAUGGGACUCCCAAGCAAUUUUCCCAGAUCUGGACCGCGUUGGUGACCGCUUUGCAGCGGAGUGAGAAUGCCGAAGACUUCUUGGAGUUCAAAUACAGCGCUAGCCUCCGAAGGCAGCUCUGCCACGCUCUGCUUCAUCUGCUGAGCCUGGCUGAGGUGGCUGACCUACCAGACAUCAGGAGGACAGUGAUGGAGCAGGGAGAAGUAAUUCGAUCCUACAUGUUGCAGUAUAUGAAAUCGGGGGCUGAAGGUGAAGAAGCAGGAGCAGGAGAGACCGUUCCUGGAAGAGACAGAACCCUGGAAAGGGCCAUUGAGAAUGUGCGAAGGGUGGAGGAAGCAUCUGAAAGCUACCCAGUGAAAAGGGGGACGCUGGCUUACUUAGAAGACCUCUUGAAGACCUACAACAGUUCUACAGAAUUCACCAAAGCUUAAGGCAGCUGGAGAAGCAGAAGCCAUGCCAAACUUGUGCUUAUUACUAACGCACAAAAAAGAUUGGAGAGGAAGCUAUUAAAUGAUCUCAAGACUUACUGUGCAGCCACUGCCUGCAGAAGAAUUAAAAGGUCCUUUUCUGUGGACCCUUUUUCCUUUCCUUUUUAAUCACAGGGAAAGACUUCACAGAGGUUUUUUAUACAUUUUAAGCAUUUGUCCUACCAACUGCCUCAUUCCCAAAGACUCUACACAAGUAACGUAGGCAACAAAUGGCACAGAUUGGGGAAGGGUUUGCUACAUCAUAAAUACAAAAUAAAGAAAAACAAAUCAAGUACCCAUAUAUUUACAUUCUCUAAAAAUAUCACUUUGUUCCAGUAAAGAAUAAAUUA